GGCGGGGGGGCGGGGCCGGGGACGGGUGGCGUACCGGCGCCCCUUCCCUAGUAUGCGGACGAAGGCGGCAGGCGGCGCGGAGCGGCGUACCCUGCAGCCGCGAACCGAGGCUGCGGCGGCGGCGGCACCUGCCGGCCGAGCAAUGACAAGUGAGUACAGCUGUGGGAAACUGAGAAGCGAUUGCUCGAGACCCUCCCUGAAAUUAAGCCGAGCUCAGAGCAAGAUGAGAAGACCUAACUUGUUGUUAAAAGACAUCCUCAAGUUUAUAUUGCUUGUGUUUGGAGUAUGGAUCCUUUAUAUCCUCAAGUUAAAUUAUACUACAGAAGCAUGUGACAUGAAAAAAAUGCAUUAUAUGGACCCUGACCGUGUAAAGAGAGCUCAGAAAUAUGCCCAGGAAGUCUUGCAAAAAGAGUGCCGACCCCAGUUUGCGAAGGCAUCGAUGGCACAGUUGUUUGAGCACAGGUAUAGCUCAGACUUACUGCCUUUCGUGAAGGAGGCCCCCAAAGAGGACGAAGCUGAGUACAACAAGUACAGUCCUCCUUUUGGAUUCCGGAAGUUCUCCAGUCAAGUCCAGACCCUCUUGGACAUGUUGCCUGAGCACGGCUUCCCUGAACACUUGAAAGCCAAGAGUUGUAGGCGUUGUGUGGUUAUUGGAAGUGGUGGAAUACUCCAUGGACUGGAACUGGGCCAUGCCCUGAACCAGUUCGAUGUUGUGAUAAGGUUAAACAGUGCACCAGUUGAGGGAUAUUCAGAGCAUGUUGGUAAUAAAACUACUAUAAGGAUGACUUAUCCAGAGGGCGCGCCACUGUCUGACCUUGAAUAUUAUUCCAGUGACUUGUUUGUUGCUGUUUUGUUUAAGAGUGUUGACUUCAACUGGCUUCAAGCAAUGGUAAAAAAUGAAACCCUGCCAUUCUGGGUGCGACUUUUCUUUUGGAAGCAGGUGGCAGAAAAAAUUCCACUGCAGCCAAAACACAUCAGGAUUCUGAAUCCAGUUAUUAUCAAAGAGACUGCCUUUGACAUCCUUCAGUACUCAGAGCCUCAGUCAAGGUUCUGGGGCCAAGACAAGAACAUCCCCACCAUGGGUGUCAUUGCUGUUGUCUUAGCCACACAUCUGUGCGAUGAGGUCAGUUUAGCAGGCUUUGGCUAUGACCUCAGUCAGCCCAAAACACCUUUGCACUACUUCGACAAUCUCUGCAUGGCUGCCAUGAACUUCCAGACCAUGCAUAAUGUGACUACAGAAACGAGGUUCCUCCUCCAGCUUGUCAAAGAGGGCGUGGUGAAGGAUCUCAGUGGAGGCAUCCAUUGUGAAUUUUGAACACAGAAAACAUCACUUGAAAAUGCACCCCCAACUCUGAGGGCUGUUUUUCAUAGCCUUCUUCAUGCAUUUCUUCCUGCAAAUACUUUGAAGUGCAGCUGGUGUUUUUACCGUUUAAUUUAAAAAACAAAAGACAGUUUAACUCUUCCCACUUUUCUCCCCUAUUUAUUUGUGGUCAGUGUUUUGCACAAAACUUUGUAAGUUAAUUCUGAGAAUUGAAUGGGAAAGAACUUUUCACAGAGAA